UUAUGACAACAGUUUGCCUUAUCAAUAUUGUUUUUGUGAUACAUGAUCUCAAAAAGUGCAACGAGUUUAGAGCUUUGAUAAUCGAUUCAGAUCAAACCCACAAAGUCCAGAUACUAAAAAUGGCAUCAGAAGAUAAUUCUGCAGAGAUUGUAAACGAGGGUGAAUUAGAAAAACCAAAAGAGGAGAGGGCAAAUGAAGAAUCUAAUCAAGACAUAAACAGAGAGGAACCUGAGAACAAAAAUGAAGCAGAAUUAGAAGAAAACAGAAAUGAAGCAAAUGAGAAUAUAACACCAAGGAGCACAAGUACAAGUGACAGUAAAAUGAAAAAUCAGAUGAUGGCAGAGCUGGAAAGAGUGAAGAAGGAAAUGAUUUAUUCUGCCUCUCUGAUAAAAAGACCAAAAGCAAAACCAUACACACCUGACAUAUUCAAUGACCUUGGACCCUACUAUAAUAAAUAUUUGAUUGAUUACAUCACAAGAGAUCAGGACCCACUUUACAAAUCUUGGGGAACAUAUGGUCAACGUGAGACAGCACUGCAAAUUGUUGAUCCAGAAAUGUCUUUAAAGAUGGACACGUUUCCUCUGCCCCCUGUCCACAGCAAAGUUCCGGGACAAGUCUACAAAAUCAAAGUCUGGAGUAAAAAUCUUUCUGGAAAGGACCAAGAACUUGGUAGUACCCGCCUGCCACCUGUGCCUUCUUUGGGCGUGAAAAAGCUUGCGAAUCCUGAAUAUCAACAUUUCAAAAUGACAUUUGACGAGGUUCCUAAAUUCAGACAAGAUGUGAAGAAGAUGUAUAGUGCUAUUGAACUGAAACGUGAGAAGUCGGAUUACCAGAGGGUGCAAAAGGACUGGAAACGAAUGAACUUAGAUGAGCUUAAAGAACUUCCGGAAAGAUCUCGUGUUCAUUAUGGAAAGGCAGUUUCGACUUAUUUAGGAACCAGUAAAGGCUCAUCGAAAGCUGUGCAUCAACUAGGAUCUAGCAUGAGCACUCCCGAACAAACAUGAGUUUUUUAAUCUGUCUUCUGUCUUCAUAAUGACACUGUAUACUCUAAGGGCCUUCAGGUGAUGUCCUGAACAUCUUGAGCUCAUAUUUGUACACUCAUUUUUUUAUAAGAAACAUUCCACAUAGAAAAGGUACCUGCAAUUAUCAGGAAUUCCAAAAUCUUAGCGCCCUCUUGAACUGUUUCUCAAAGAGGCAUUAUUUGGUUUUUUACCGUUCUAUAUUAGGUAAAUAUUGCCAGACUUUUCAUGGUUAACCUUGCUAGUUUACAUCUCACCCAAGAGACAUGAGUAAUACGCAUAUAAGAUGUGCAUUUUUGUUCACUUUUCAAAGCAAAUCCUAUAUGUUUCUGGUUCAAAUUAAUGUCAGCUGCAUGAAUAAGAUUAUGGAGAGAAAACGAAAUCAUAAAGUAUUCUGUAAUCAAAACAGUACAGAAAUCUACUAUCGUUGCUUAUAGAAAAAUGGGUGUACAUGAGCAUACGUCAGUAUAACCAUGAUGGAUGUAACUAAUUGAUGACUUGAAAGUGCAUGCUAACAAAAGAGACAUUUUGUACGACGAUUAAGGGUGCAUGUCUUUAUUAUUCUAUUCAUUCUCUCUGUAAUUUUGACGCUACAGUCUUCAUUGUGCAGUCUUUUAAUUUCCCUGUAAAUUAUUUUAAUUUUUCUAACUUAAUAUACCAUAUAUCGACAUUGUUCAGCACUUAUCCAUAUUCCAUUAUAAAGUGGGAUCCUCUCGCACUUUUUACAGAAAAAUCAAGUCGACCUUCUAGGAUCAAUGGGAUAAUGCUGAAAUGCAAACAAAGUUACUUUUUGUUUCAAGAACACUUGUAAAUGCCAAAUGUACAGGGAUUACACUUAAAGUAUAAGCCUAGUUCCCAUAGGCUGUAAUAGUCCAACCAGACUCAAUGUAAUCUGCAUAGGGCACCUCUCAAUGACAAAAUCUCCCAACAACAGACACUACUUAAGAGUGGGAAAAUAUGUUCGAAAAUUAUUUUCUGCAUUCAAAUACUUGUACAGCUAACCCCAAGAUAACGCGCACUUCGAAUAUCAUAGAUUCAUAUCGAGGUCUCGCAGUACUUCCAAAUACCGUUAACAAGAACAGAGUUUCUAGCUCUACCAACAAAUUACAAAUGUAUAAACACUGCUCAUGUAGAAACAAGAUCUUAUCUCCUUCUAUUUUUUUACUUGUAUGCUAAUGCUUUGUUGUACCCAUUUUAUGAUAAAAUGUCACGUUCGCUGUU